UUUUGCUCUACUUUUAAUUUACAUUUAAAAUUAGUAAAAGACAGUAUUUUUCAGUAUUUUAUGUCUGCUACUAUUGACUAAACUGUCUACCUGCCGGGUUUAGUGUGUAUUUCCUCCUACAUUAUCCUUAACUUGCUACACUUCACUCUUCACACCAUCACAUCACAAUGGAAUCUGGAUUGAGGUCGACUAUUGAAGAACUGAAGCAAGAAUUCCAAACGAGAAUGGCCUCUUUUGAAUGCGACCUGCAGAAGGCUUCAAAUUCUUCCACUGGUACUUCGGGGAUAGCAGCGGAGUUUGCCUCAUUUCGGUUGUUCGUUACCCAGACUCUCAACCUGCUGCAACAGCAAAUUGAGACGUUAUCUCGCAGCGUGGACACCAUGGAGAUGCAGAGACGUAGAAAAAUCCUGCUCAUUCAUGGCGCUGACGAAGCGCAAAACGAGAACACUGCUCGAGUUAUUGCUGACAUAGUGGUUCAGCGGCUGGGAAUCACUGACUUCACGGUUGGUGAUAUACAACGCUGCCAGAGGCUGGGUCGUCCUUCUCCUCAGAAGUCUAGGCCGAUUCUGGUGAAGCUGCAGGACGCCGUGGUUCGUGACAACCUUUGGCAUAAUAAAACUAAGCUCAAGGGUUCUGGUAUUACAUUAUCAGAGUUCCUAACAAAGGCUCGACACGACAUCUUCCUGGCGGCACGCGAAAAAUUCGGCGUCACCAAGUGUUGGACAAACCAGGGCAACGUAUUUGUCUUAAACUCCAGUGGUCGUCAUCGAGUUGUAUCGCUGUCAGACGUCGGUCGGAUUCCUGUGGACGCUGCUAAACCCGCGGCUGUGAUGAAAACUUCGGUCGCGCCGAAAACUCGCCGCGCUGUAGCUACUAAGAAGUAAUAUGUGUCCUACCCCUUGAUUCUUUAUUUCAAGUCAGGUAUCACUUCACUAUAGUUCAUUUUAUUUACUUUUACUGAUACUUAUUACCUACCCUUCCAUUCUUUUGUUUUUCACUUUUAAUGUAUCUGUCAAUAACUUCACCUGACACCUGACAUGUGAAUCUUGUUCCGUAUACUGCAACGUUUAGUUUU